UGGAGUCUUGCCAGGCAGGGAUGUUCUGUCCCCACCAUCUCUUUACUCACAACGAAAGGAAAACAUCUGUCCGGGUUCAUUGUGCGGCUGUUUCCCUCCUGAAGAAGCUGGAGAAUCAAAAAAGUGUGAAGAGACAUGGCUGCUGAGAGGGAUGACAAGAGGGAGAAGAUUUUUAGGACGCCCGAUCCAGGACUGUGGAUUGCAACAGCAUUGGUUGUCACAUAUAUGGUUGGGAUUAUUGUGCUGCCAAUUUUGACGGCAUCAGGACAUCUUCGCAACGGCCAGAGCUUUGAAUGUGGGGACAGCAGUGAGGAGGAGGCCAGGCUGAGCCAGGAGGCCUCACUGGGGAUUCUGUGGACAGGGAUGUGUCUGCCAAUCUCCAUCAUGCUACUGGUGAACAUUUGGAUAAAGAAGAGCAUGUUUUUCCCAUUAUGGUUAUUGGCGCCCUUCGUCCUGUUUGUGGUCAUGGCUGUAACCUUUGCAAAGACUUGGGUAAACGAGACUCAGGAAAUAGAGGCGUUUAAGGAGCGCUACUCGGCCCUGUACCCUCUGACGCAUGUACCAGGAAUAACACAGGCCCAUCUGAACAACAACAACUGUGAUCUGCUCCACAACGUGUACCGCUGGCAGACGGAGUUUAAGUGUUGUGGACUCGGAAGCUACCAAGACUGGGGGUCCGCAAUCCCAGACUCCUGCUUGUGUGAAGGAGAGGACGACAGCUCUGGAUGUGUUGGAGUUGGAGGCAGCUUGGUCUACGAGAAGCCUUGUCUCCCUGCAGUCUUGUCCCUUGUAGGAAAACGCAGCUCCCUGUUUUGGACCAUCAUGACAGUUUGGAUCACCAUCCACGGUGUUCCAGUUGCCAUGUUUGCAGUCCUUAUGUUUGUUUGUAGCUAUUGGAUCUGCUUCGAAUCGUGCUGUUACACGCUGAGCGUUUGGAAAUACAAAAUGAGCGGGGGAGAGGAAAUGGUUCCAGUGGUGUUCAUCAGUAAGGACAAUAAUAACCAGACGGAGGAGGAAAACGGGAAGGACGGGGAAGCAAAAGAAAGCGGCGUGGUCGUAGACGUGGCGGGCGGAACGAGGGCGGAUGGAGAGGGACUGGACGCGGCGGAAGUGGACCCGUUUGAGAACGCAGUCACAAUGAUUCCACUGUCGCAGCUGAUGAGGCUGCAGGAAGAGCUGGACCCGCCUCCCGUCCAGCACACGGUGCGAUGUUUGUGCAUAAUGCCCAGUAAACCCAAGAGCUUCUACACGGCCACGAUAGAGGAGGGUUCCCCGCUGCUGCCCAGUGGCGCCAUGUUGGCUGACACCAACAAGCCCACCAACUGCAUUUGGGCCGAGGGGCCCCAUGUCUUCUCAGUCGAGCAUAUUGUUUGGCCUCCAGAGAGCCAACCGCGGGGCCGUCCGCCCUUGUAGUGUUAAACUGUUCAGUUUCUGCUGCUGCUGUCUGUAUCACACCGCGCUGCAUUUCACACGCUGCCGCAGAUGUCAAAUCCAAAGAAUUCCUUUUUAUUCUUUUUAUUUUUUUUUUAUAUAUAAAUGGAGCAGUGGAAGAAGUCACAAGAUGCCUUUACCUAAAUGUCAGGUUCAAGAGUAACAAUUGUUUUUGACAUUUGGAAAAAAGAAGAAACGACGAACAGUAUUUUGCAGGAUUAACUUGAAGUACAGAUUUCUUGGGAUACAAUUUUAGCAUUCUUUAUAGUCUGAAGCGUCGUUCUUUAUAUUUGACAUUAGCUGCAUCUGGGGCUUCCCCUGCAUUUUAAUAGCUAGACUCUGUGGUUUACUUUACCACAUCACCAAGUUAAAAAGGGUUAUACGAUAUUGUAUUUUUAUCCUAUUAAAAAAUGAAAUAAUUAACUCUCUAUUCAUGCACUUUUGUCCAGACUAAUAUAGUGUUUCAUCAAAUAUCGGAUUGCCAUUUUUACAAAAUUGUACGCAUUCAUGAUCCCCAGAGGAUGAAUCCCACUCACUUGAUUUCAUCCAAUGGUUGUCGAGACCUUUCCGUGUGGGGCGACUCAAACAGACACUACCAUCCCUAAGAAGGCGGCUCACUCCUGUAAUACACUAUUGGCAGGAGGAGGACCAUGGUUACCGUGCGGGACUUUGCUCAACAAAAUAAGAUUGUGACAAAUUUAUGGCCUUGUGAUGGGAACCGGUGCGUUUUAAAUUGCUGCCGAGAAACAACCCUCCGGUUUCCCGUCAGCUAAUCUAAUACAAGCAGAGCCGGAACCUCUGGCAGACGGCAGUCACUGUAAACAGCAGUAAAUCCUCUCGAGUCUGUGUGACCGAGAGAGAGAGAGAGAGAGAGAGAGAGAGAUAAUAAUGUUGACUUGAUAACUGCAGGCUACUCGCAUGAGAUUUUUUCUUCAACAAAACACUACAUGUGAAACAUAUCAAGCACUCAGAUCCUUUAGUUCAAGCAGCUAUAAUCUAUGUCCUCAUGUAUGAAGUCGCUCGCAGUGAUGAACCAGCCAAGAACAAUCCCCUGAAUCUUCAUCUCCUCUCAGUUCUACAGAGCUCUGUACUGAGUUGCAGCUCAUCAUUCAGCUGCCCGGCCCGCGGCUUUACCGUUCUGGUUCGCUCCCACCACUCGCGACAACAUUUCCUGUGGCAAUAACAAACGUGACAAAUGAUUUAAAGAGCCCAAUAUUGCAUCUCUUCAUGCUCGACACCAGAGAGACACAGUUAGCAGUGAAUCUAUUGAACAGAAGUGGAGCAUAUAGUAGCUAGAGAGCCAGAGGUUUCCCUCUGGAGUGGGUGAAGACCAAAAACAGCUAAGAGAGUGAAUAUUACAUUCAAAUUCAUCUUUCGGCCACAAACACGUCCAAUCUUUUGAUAAUGUGCUAAAAGAGAGUGAAUAUGAGAUUUAAAUUCAUCUUUUGGCCACACACCUCCAUACUAUAAUAAUACUGUUGUUCCAUCACUACUGGAUGUGUAAAGAAGCGACAGUUUGCUCACAGGUUUGCUGCAUCAAUUUAAAAGGUGAUGAUGAGGAGGAAGAAGUUCACUUUUCAGACUCAUACUUGUGUAAAUGUAUUGAGUAACUUUCCACUGCUGUGUACGUGUAACUGUAAGACUGUUAAUCUCAGUUUUUAACAAACCUGGUAAUCUAAAUCUAAUCCAGAUUUUGUCCAAGCACCAGUUUUGUGAAGAAACAAUGAUACUUGGAUUAAACUGCUCGUGCCAGCC